AUGAACUUCUUAACAAAGACAUUAAACUCGUUGACAGGGAACUCAAUCCCUUACACAUUGAAGGAUAAGAUAGUUGAUCCAGUUGGUGGUAACGGAGUGGUUGAUCAGAAUUCAAUUUGGACUAUUUAUAAUGGAUCCAAUCCAAAGACUGAUAACUCCCCAGUAUCAAUAUUUGAAUUCAAUUUAACUGAUGCUAGAAACCUUCAGCUGGGUUACGAUCUGUUAGCUCGUAAUGCUUUUAAGAAGUUGAAGUUGAUCAGAUUUCCGGGUGUGAUUUCAACUGUCGAAUUCAUUGAAAAUGAUAAUUAUUUGUAUAUUAUUACUGAACCAAUUGUACCAUUAUUAACUUAUUUAACCCAAAUUAAUCAAGAUAUCACUCAGGAUGUUAGACUAUACGGUUUGUAUAAUAUUGCUCAAAGCUUGAAGUUUAUAAAUCAAUCAUGUACAAGUUUGCAUGGGAAUGUGAAUUUGUUAAAUUCAGUCUAUGUAAAUCAACAAGGGGAUUGGAAAUUAUUUGGGUUUGAAGUUUUGACUAAUCUACAAUCAGAUCCUGAUCAACCCAUAUAUAGAUUAUCAAGUCGUUUGCCAGGAUUUAAUUACUUCUUGCCAUCUGAUGUGGCUGAUAGUGGGGUAGAAGCAAUCAGAAGUUUUCCUACCAAAUUUGAUUCUUAUAAGUUUGGUAUCUUUUUAUAUCAUAUUUUAUCAACCAAGGAUUUUAAUUCUUUUGAUCCAACAUAUAACGAAGGUAUUAAUGAAUCAUCUGUUAUUGGCAAGUUCAGAAACUCUUUCAAGAAGUUAAUCAAUCCAAAAUUAGGGUUAAGAAUUACAGUUGAAAAGUUCUUAGAAUUAGAAGAAUCGAAUUUUGAACAAAAUAAGUUAAUAACAUUCAAUAAACAAUUAGAGGAAUUAAAAUUUCAAGAUGAUCAACAAAAGUUUGAAUUCUUUAAAUAUGAAUUAGGUACUUUGUUCAGUGAUCAAAGUGAAGAUUAUUUCUUCCCACCAGGUAUAUUGGAUUAUAAAUUAUUACCAGAAUUAAUCAAUCAAUAUAAUACCAUUUCCAGAAACAAAUCUACCACUCCAAAUGAACCUAGCAUUAUACAACAAAGACAAGAAUCUCAAUCUAUUCUAUUAAAUUUUAUACUAAAAUUUGGAGUCAAAUUACCUCAAGAUCAAUUUAACAAAUUGAUUAAACCAAUUAUCUUUGAGUCAUUUGGUCUUGCUGAUAGAUCUAUUAGAUUGGCUUUGUUGAAUCAUUUACCAAACUUUGAACAGUUUCUAACUGAAAGUGAAGUACAACUGAGGAUAUUCGUUAAUCUUAUUAAUGGCUUCCAAGAUACAAACUUUAUGAUAAGGGAAACAACUUUAAAAUCAAUUACGAUUAUUAUUGAUAAAGUGUCCGUCAAGCAAGUAAAUCAAGAGUUGUUGAAAGUUUUAGCUAAGUCCCAAAUGGAUCCAAAGCCUUCAAUUAGAGUCAAUACUUUAAUUUUGAUUAUCAAAAUAUCAACCAAAAUUUAUAAAACUUCGAAAAAUAGUGUUAUAAUAACUGCAUUAUCAAAAUCAUUAAGAGAUUCUUUCACACCUUGCAAAAUGACUGCUUUAUCUGGGUUCGAAAGUUUGAUUGGUGAGUUUUCCUUGGAUGAAAUUUGUUCAAAGAUUUUGGGUCAGUUAGCUAUAUCAUUAAUGGAUAAGAAAUCUACAAAAGUACGUAAUGAAGCUAGAAGAAUAUUCAAGUUAUACUUAGAUUCUGUUGAAACUCAUUCAAAUUCUUUACCUGAUAUUGAAGAAAAUGAAAAUGAUGAAGAAGCUGAAUUCUUUAGAAAAUUUGCGUCCACGGUUCCUCCUUCCACUAAUGUGGCUUCUACUGUUGAUAAACCAAAUGGGGUAACCAAUAGCGUGGAUGGUUCUAAUGAUACAGUUUCAUUUUCGUCAUUUGGAUGGGGAGUUGUGAAUAGGUUGGUAGCCAAUACAGAGGUUGGGGGUCAGUUAAAUAAUGACUUCAACUUAUCUACUCCGGAUUUGACAAGAGUAGUUACUCCCACGGAGCAUAUAACAAAGCCGUCUGUUCAAAUGGACUCGUGGAUUGAUGGAGGAGAUGACGAAUUUGAGGAUGAUGGUUGGGGUGCGGUUGACGAAGUGGAAGAUGAUCCUGUUCCAGUUGUGAAAAAUACUCUCAAAACCUUAAGUUUGUCUGAAUCCGUAACAAAUAGAAAACCGGCAAUAAAAAGUAACACCAUAAGAACGGCGACUACAACUUCAACAAGAAAGACUUCAAGUUUAAAAUUAGGCUCUCAAUCUAAGAAACCCGCCGCACCUAUAAAACUUAACCUUCAAGUUGAAGAAGAUGAAAAUGGGUGGGGCGAUGAUUGGUAG